AUGGAGGAGCUGCCCGUCGUCGUGCUCCUGCUCCUCCUUCUCUCCUUACUGCUUGUCCCGCUGGUGCUCCUGGAUAGGAGGCGCCGUGGCCGGCGAACACCUCCGUUCAGUCUCCUGGUGGUGGCCGGCUCUGGUGGGCACACAACAGAAAUCCUGAGGUUACUUAGCUGUUUGUCAGAGUCAUACUCUCCUAGACAUUAUGUUUUGGCAGACUCAGAUAAGAUGAGUGAAGCUAAAAUACGUUCUUUUGAACAAAAAAGGGCUGAAACAUUCUCCGAGUCCCAGUUCAGCCUGGAUCGCAUUCCCAGAAGCCGGGAGGUUAGACAGUCCUGGAUCUCCUCUGUGCUAACAACACUAUACUCCAUACUUUACUCCCUUCCUCUGACCUACAAACGGAAACCAGAUUUGAUAUUGUGCAAUGGACCAGGAACAUGUGUUCCUGUCUGUUUAUCUGCUUUUCUGCUUGGCCUUCUACGAAUAAAGAGAACAGUUAUUGUGUAUGUAGAGAGCAUCUGCCGUGUGGAAACUUUAUCCUUGUCUGGAAAGAUUCUUUACUACUUUUCAGAUUAUUUCAUUGUUCAGUGGCCUGAUCUAAAGAAAAAAUAUCCCAAGUCAGUGUAUCUUGGUCGAAUAGUGUAACAACACUAGACAAGCUAAACUUUACCUGAAAUAGACUCUACAAGCUCCUCACUUGCAUUCCUGUAGUAAUUUAUUUUCAAGAAUUCCUGUUACAAAAUCAGGCUGGUACUUUAAAAUGAGACAAAAAAGUUCUCUACGUUUAAGUAAAAUUUGUGUGUAUUUGUAUUUAUUGCUGUCGUGUAGUUCUGUUUGCCAAUAACUCACAGUGGCUCUAAGUCUAUCCUGUCUCUGUUUUCAUCUAGUUUUUCUGCUAUGUGAAUGGUAAUUUUUGUCUACAAAUAAAUAUGGGAAUUUGUAUGAAUGUAACAUUUCCUGUAAG